AUGGACACUGCUGGAAAAGUCAUCACGUGUAAAGCCGCAGUGGCCUGGGAGUCUGGGAAACCUCUGUCGAUCGAGGAGGUGCAGGUGGCUCCUCCCAAAGCUCACGAAGUCCGCAUCAAGCUGUUUGCCACCGGCGUGUGCCACACCGACGCCUACACCCUGAGCGGCAGUGACCCCGAGGGGCUGUUCCCCGUGAUCCUGGGGCACGAGGGAGCGGGGACCGUGGAGAGUGUGGGGGAGGGAGUCUCCAACUUCAAACCUGGAGACACGGUGGUCCCCUUGUACGUGCCCCAGUGUGGAGAAUGCAAGUUCUGCAAAAACCCCAAGACCAACUUGUGUCAGAAGAUCAGAGUGACGCAGGGCCAGGGCCUGAUGCCUGAUGGGACGUCCCGCUUCACUUGUCAGGGGAAGCAGCUGUUCCACUUCAUGGGCACCAGCACCUUCUCCCAGUACACGGUGGUCGCCGACAUCUCUCUGGCCAAAGUCAGCGACAAGGCUCCUCUGGACAAAGUCUGUCUGCUCGGCUGCGGCAUCUCCACAGGCUACGGGGCGGCCCUCAACACGGCUAAGGUGGAGAAGGGCUCCACGUGUGCCGUGUUCGGCCUGGGCGCCGUGGGCCUGGCUGUGAUCAUGGGCUGCAAAGUGGCGGGCGCCUCCCGGAUCAUCGGCGUGGACAUCAACCCGACCAAGUUCCCUAAGGCCAAAGAGUUCGGGGCCACGGAGUGUGUGAACUCGGCCGAGCAGGACCGGCCAAUCCAGGAAGUGCUGGUCGAGCUGACGGACGGCGGCGUCGACUACUCCUUUGAGUGCAUCGGGAACGUGCACGUUAUGAGGGCGGCCCUAGAGGCGUGUCACAAAGGCUGGGGAGAGAGCGUGAUCAUCGGAGUGGCAGGGUCCGGACAAGAGAUCAGCACUCGACCGUUUCAGCUGGUCACAGGAAGAGUCUGGAAGGGAACGGCCUUUGGAGGCUGGAAGAGUGUGGAGAGCGUUCCCAAACUGGUGGAGGAUUAUCUGAGCCAGAAGCUGAAGGUGGAUGAGUUCGUGACCCACUCUCUGCCGUUCGAUCAGAUCAACCAGGGCUUCGACCUCAUGCACUCCGGAGAGAGCAUCCGCACCGUGCUGAAGUUCUGA